AUGCUCUCAAACCGUUUGUUAAGUCGUUUAAAUAGGUGUCAAAUAAAGAGUCAAUUAGAACAAUGGAUCUCAAUUCAUACUUUAAGGAUCUCCGGAUUUCAUAGCAAUAGAAAAAAAAAUGAUUUCGACCAAUCGAGGAGUGUCACUAGGAAACAAAGACGAGAUUAUUCUUUUAUCCAUGAUACAAGCUACCUCUUUUACGGACAAGACUAUGAAACUGAUGUGGCCUUGUUUGAAAUGUUUAAAAACCAAGAGACAGGAUUGCUGCAUAUUGGGAAAUUCUUGUCGGCGGUAAAAGCUACAGGCCUCAGAAAGACUGAUCCCAGGUUGCAAGAAAUGAUGGACAAUCUGAAGAAAAUGUCCAAAACCAAAUCUGAUGGCAAUGAUGUUGAUACUCAAAAGUUAAAUUUAGAACAGUUCAAAAGUAUAGUACAACCAAAUAUUGGACUUCUGUCUAUGGCUUUUAGACACCAGUUCAUAAUUCCAGAAUUUCAAGAGUUUAGCAAAGAUAUUGAACUGAUUUAUUGGAAAUGUAAGGAAAAUACUAAUGGGACGGUAAGGGAUUUUUCAGCAAUUUACAAUAAAUACGUAGCAUCGUACAUUCCACAACUGAAACGAAUGAAUCCAAAUUAUUGGGGAGUCAGUAUUGUAACAAUAGACGGGCAGAGAUAUUCAAUAGGAGACGUUAAUAUACCGUUCACAAUCCAAUCUUGCAGCAAACCCUUGUCUUAUGGUAUAGCUUUAGAUCUACUUGGUAACGAUGUCGUUCAUCAGUACGUUGGACAAGAACCCAGCGGUCGAAAUUUCAAUGAACUCAUUUUGGAUCAUAACAAAAAGCCUCAUAAUCCAAUGAUUAAUGCUGGGGCUAUAAUUAUUUGCUCAUUGUUAAAGACAAUGUAUUCCCCAGAAAUGAGUUCAGCUGAGAAAUUUGACUUUACUAUGAAUUUCUUUGAGCGAUUGGCUGGAAGAGAAGAUAUAGGUUUUAACAAUGCAGUAUUUCUGUCUGAACGAGAAUGUGCAGAUAGAAACUAUGCUCUAGGUUUUUACAUGAGGGAGCACAAAUGUUUCCCAGAAAACAGUAAAUUCAGAGAAUGUAUGGACUUUUAUUUUCAGUGUUGUUCUUUGGAAGUUAAUUGUGAUUUAGUUGCAGUAAUGGCUGCCACUUUAGCAAACGGUGGUAUUUGUCCGCUUUCCGAAGAAAAAGUUCUGAAACCAGAAAGUGUAAGGGAUGUGUUGUCGUUAAUGCAUAGUUGUGGCAUGUAUGACUACUCUGGACAAUUUGCUUUUAAGGUUGGAUUACCAGCAAAAUCUGGUGUAAGUGGAGCCAUGUUGGUUGUUGUACCAAAUGUAAUGGGUAUGUGUUUAUACUCUCCAGCUUUAGACUCGCUUGGAAAUAGUUGUAGAGGAGUACAAUUUUGUGAGGAAUUAGUAGAUAAAUUCAAUUUCCAUAGAUACGACAAUUUAAGGCACGCUUCGGACAAAUCCGAUCCAAGGAAGCACAAAUUCGAAACCAAAGGCCUAAAUAUAGUUAAUUUGCUUUUCUCAGCAGCUUCUGGCGAUUUACCUAGUCUAAGAAGACACAAACUAGCUGGCAUGGACAUGACCCAGUCGGACUACGAUGGUCGCACGGCUCUUCACCUGGCUGCAGCUGAAGGGCAUCUGCAUUGCGUUGAAUUUCUUCUAAACUAUUGCCACGUCCCUUACGAUGUUAGAGAUCGUUGGGGCCGGACUCCUUUAGAAGAGGCCAGUGCGUUUGGACAUAUGACUGUUGUAGAGCUGCUUCAGCUUUGGGCCAAAGAGGAAAAUACGAAAUCUAGUCAGAAAACCAACGAAGUUGAUCCAUUAAUACCAGAUUUUUUAAGUAAAGAUGAGAAGUUCUGA